AUGGAGGUGAUGGAGAAGGCAUUUCAGACAGAUGGAAUGAAGGUGAGGCAAGAUGAGGAAGAAGGCUCUGAGUGUGUACAAAGAAAAAAAGCCCUGGCUUCCUCCCUCCUCCUCGCCCCGCUGUCCGAGCUUGAAUGCAGCACGGGGGACCCACUGCCCCCAAGGUCCCUUCCACCCCCAGAAGCCCGCGCAGAACCCCAACCCAAGAGCUGGACGAGGAAGAGCUUCGCGCACCACCGGGGCUGCCAUCUUGGCUGCGGUGGCCGGAAGUGGCCGGCGCGCGGGCGAAAGCGAGGCUGCGCGGUGGUGGCGGCGGCGGCGGCGGCGCUGCAGGCCGAGGUGGGGAAGGACGGCGGCUGUGACGGUGCGACCCUGGCCCUGACGGCGUGGCGGGAGGCGGCCCCGAGCCUCCUCCUGCAGGAGAGUCCCAGGGAGGACCCCGGUGCCGCGAGGGAGGAGGAGGGUGCGGAGCCCGCCGUCAUCCGCAGAGGCGCCGGGGUCUUGGCCGCCGAAGCCCCGGUGAGUCGGACGGUGGCUGAGUUGGUGCAGUUCCUGCUGGGGAAGGACAGAAAGAGCCCCACCACCCGCUCCGGGAUGGUGAAUGUGUUCGGAGACUUGAAGGAGCUGUUCCCACAGAGCGUUCUGCGGGGUGUCUGGUUUGAGCUGAAGCGGCUCAGGCAACACUCUUAGAUCCUGGUCAGAAGCCUCGCACCUCUGCGGGGGGGAUGAGGGGGGGAUGUGGGAGGAGACGGCCCCAGGUUGGGUCUCUUAGUGAUGCUCUUGUCUUUAUCUACCUGAAAGUAUUGCGCCAGGGAGGCCCAGGUCUGGGCGAUGCUGCAGCACUUGGGGGGUGUGUGUCCCUCAAAGUAUCACUUCCUCCUUGGGUACCAGAAGAUUCGGGUUUAUUACAAAAGAUUUCUGCAGUAGCAGUACCUCACUGACAGGCAGGUGCCUCACUUCAAUGCACCAGAGUGUGAAUUCUGUUGGGAUCGUGGAAGCAACCCGGAAGUCAUUAAGAUGGAAGUCCUGGGGUUCGUGGCCAAGCUCCGUAAGGAAGAACCCCAGCACUGGCCAGUACAGUCCCGCGAGGCCCUCGAAGAGGAGGCCGACAGGGCCAGAGCCAAUGCUGAUCUGGGGGCCGGCAUGGUGGCAAGGUGGGCGGCAGGGGCCGAGGGCAUGAAAGCUGUCUCUUGAAUCAUAGGGUGUUAGGGGAGGCGUUGUUUCUGUAGAAAUUGUGGAACUUUAGGAUUUAGGUUUUGUAUCUUGUUAACCUUUUGUUACAUUUAAUAGACUUUUAAAUUGCUGUUUAUAGGUGAAGUCUGUCUACUUUUUCCUGUAAACUUUUCUUGUAGAGUUUCGCAAAACUGGCUUUUUGAGAAAGUUUGUAUUUUAUUCUGUGACCUUGGAUGGAUUAUGCAACAUUGUAGUGCUGAGCUUUAAUGGUUUGAAGGAACGAAGCAAUGUGAUGAUCUGGUACCAGGGGAAAAUAGUUGAUGGUAUCCAGUCUCUGAACACCUUUUGUCAGUUGUAUCAAACAACAUGGAUGUAUACUUCUACUAGCCUAACUAUUAUAGUGACUAGAGGAAAAGUUCAAUAUGUUAGAAAGAUAUCCUGCUGCACUUAAUAAAUUCAAAGUA